AUGGGAAGCUCCGCCUCGUCUCUUACGGGAGAAACGGAGUCGGAUCAUGGCUUCAGCACCACGCAGUACCCCUCCUCGCCUCCAAUGGGCUGGCUCCGGAACAGCCACAGCAGUCCCAUCUGGGGCACCACCUUCAUCCCGCGGCAGCAGCAACCCUCCCUGCCUCACCGCGAGCGCAGCCACUCCCACUCCCCUGGCUCCAUGGAAGCGGCGGUGCGAGGCAGUGAGUGGUCUUGUGGACGCUGCACCUACCUGAACGCCGGCGCCGCACCCCGCUGCUCCAUCUGUGAAGCGCCGCGUCAAAAACCUGACCUGAACCAGAUCCUGAGGCUGAGCAGCGGCGAGGAGCAGCGCUGGGCCUGUCCUCGCUGCACCCUCAACAACCCCCAGGGCUCGGGGGCCUGCACCGUCUGUGGCUUUGGCUCGUCUCAGGCUCCCCCCACUCCCCCCACCACCAUCGCUGCCACUGCCAACGGCCUCCCCCCAGCCCCCUCCGAGUCCCCCACCCCCACUGUGACCCCGACUGUUCUGCUGGAGCCGCACGGACCGCACCAGGCCAAAGAGGAGAUGCUGCGGCGCUCCGAGAGCAAUGGGGACGUGGUGCGUCUGGAGGUGCAGAGCUCGGGCUGGGCCUGUCCCCGCUGCACGCUGCACAACACCCCUGUGGCCCUGUCCUGCUCGGCCUGUGGGGGGCCCAGGAAGCUCUCCUUACCCAAGAUCCCCCCAGAGGCUCUGGUGGUGCCUGAGGUGCGGACUCCUGUACUGGGUUUCCCAGGCCACAGCGCAGGGGCACCUCCGCUGCUCAUCGACCUCACAGACGACUCUCCCCCCGCCCCCCCCUGCGAAGCUCAGGAGGCCCCACAUCCUGCUCCUCAGUCUUUUGCCACGUUCUCCUCUUUACAGAACAACCCUGUGCCACGCAGCCGGAGGGAGGUGCCCCCUCCGGGUCGCCCCCCAAACCCUGGCACUAGCACCCCCAGCCCCACCUCCCCCUCCACGGCCAUCGUCCCCCCACAGCCAGCCCCUCAGCGCCCCCCCAAACCCAAACACGCUCAGCCUCAGGAGCCUGCGUACCCCAGCAAGCGCCUCAGUAUUUUAGAAGAAGAGGAGCACCCUCUGCACCCCCACCUCCCCCCCCCCUCCUCCUCCUCCUCCUCCUGGAAGUGCCCCAGCUGCUCUGUGUCCAACGCAGGGAGCUCCUCCAAGUGUGAGUCCUGCAGGUCGUCCCGGGUCGGGGCUGACCUGAUCGACCUGGUGGGCUGUGAGUCCGUGCGCUUCACCCCCGCCAGCCCCUCCAGCCCAGACUUCAGCACCUGGGCCUGUUCCAAGUGCACGCUGCGGAACCCCACAGGAGCCGCCAAGUGCUCCGCCUGCAGCUCCUCUAAGCUGCAUGGCUUUCAGGAGCCGCAGACGCCUCUGUCCCGCUGCAGUGCGACCUGCGUUCACUCCACAGGCUCCAGCUCGUGCUCCUGCGCCACCUCCUCCUCAGGACAUAAGAGGAAACAGGGGCGGGGCUUCCCGUCCUCAGCCUCUGGCCUCCAGGAGAAGGGGGGGCAGUGGGGCUGCCCCGCAUGUACUCUGCUCAAUGACAACAAGGCAAAAAACUGUGCUGCGUGCCACACCCCCCAGCAGUACCUCACCCUGCGCAAGGUGCUCAAGCCUCUGAAGAGGAGGGAGAGCAUGCACGUGGAGGCGCGGCGCCGCAACGACGAGGGAGAAGCCAAGGAGCUGUGGGAGAACAUCGUCAGCUUCUGCAGAGAGAACUCUGUCAAUUUCGUGGACGACAGUUUCCCCCCCGGCCCGCGCUCGGUGGGGUUCCCCGACGGCGACAGCGUCCAGCAGCGCAUCAAGAAGUGGCUCCGUCCGCACGAGAUCAACUGCAGCAACUUCAAGGACCGCGGCGUCAAGUGGUCGGUGUUCAGGACGCCGCGGCCCUCGGACAUCCUGCAAGGCCUGCUGGGAAACUGCUGGUUCCUCAGCGCUCUGGCCGUGCUGGCGGAGCGACCGGAGCUGGUGGAGAGGGUGAUGAUCACGCGCGGGAUCUGUCCAGAGGGGGCGUACCAGGUGCGGCUGUGUAAGGACGGCACCUGGACCACGGUGCUGGUGGACGACAUGCUGCCCUGCGACGACUACGGGUACCUCCUUUUCUCCCAGGCCCAGAGGAAGCAGCUGUGGGUGGCGCUGAUUGAGAAGGCUCUGGCCAAACUGCACGGCUCGUACUUUGCGCUGCAGGCGGGACGCGCCAUCGAGGGUCUGGCCACGCUGACGGGGGCGCCCUGCGACUCCCUCAUGCUGCAGGUCAGCUCCACCAACCCCCGAGAGGAGCCCAUCGACACCGACCUCAUCUGGGCCAAGAUGCUGAGCUCCAAGGAGGCGGGCUUUCUGAUGGGCGCGUCGUGCGGCGGCGGCAACAUGAAGGUGGACGACGCCGUGUACGAGUCUCUGGGUCUGCGGCCGCGUCACGCCUACUCCAUCCUGGACGUGCGCGACGUUCAGGGCUACAGAUUGUUGAGGUUGAGGAAUCCGUGGGGUCGCUUCUCGUGGAACGGGAACUGGUCGGACGAGUGGACGGACUGGCCUCAGCACCUGCGGCACGAGCUGAUGGCCCACGGCAGCAGCGAGGGGGUCUUCUGGAUGGAGUACAGCGACUUCAUCAAGUACUUUGACUCGGUGGACAUCUGUAAGAUCCACUCGGACUGGCAGGAGGUGCGGCUGCAGGGCUGCUUCCCCAGUAAAGCCAGCGGCCCGGUCACCGUCACCGCGCUCACCGUGCUGGAGAGGACGGCGCUGGAGUUCGCCCUCUUUCAAGAAGGAAGCAGACGCUCGGACACGGCCGACAGCCACCUGCUGGACCUGUGCAUCAUGGUUUUCCGCGCCUCGUUCGGCAGCAGUAACAAGCUGACCCUGGGCCGCCUCCUGGCCCACAGCAAGAGGGCCGUCAAGAAGUUUGUGGGCUGCGACGUGAUGCUGGAGCCCGGAGAGUACGCCGUGGUCUGCUGUGCCUUCAACCACUGGCAGAUGAACGCCGGCGGCUCUGCGGGGCCCUCCACCCCCAUCUCGAGCCCCACCAGCGCCGCAGUGACCAGAGCGAGCCAGGACUUCCCCGGCUACAUCCUGGCCAUCUACAGCUCACGGCAGGUGAUGGUGGAGCAGGUGGAGGCGACCGCCACCACCCUGGCCGACGCCAUUAUCCUCCUGACCGAGAACAAGGGAGAGAGGCACGAGGGCCGAGAGGGCAUGACCUGCUACUACCUGACCCACGGCUGGGCGGGGCUCAUCGUGGUGGUGGAGAACCGUCACCCCAAGUACUACCUCCAUGUGUCGUGUGACUGCACCGACAGCUUCAACGUGGUGUCGACGCGCGGCAGCCUCAAGACCAUCGACAGCGUACCGCCGCUUCACCGGCAGGUGCUGGUGGUGCUCUCACAGCUGGAGGGGAACGCCGGCUUCUCCAUCACUCACCGCUUGGCGCACCGGAAAGCAGCUCAGGCCUCGCUGGGAGACUGGACCCCCACCAAGGCCACACACAGCCCCCAGCUCACCCCGGACAUUGACGGCCUGCACCGACCGCGGCCGCUAUGA